CCCUCUUAUAAAUAUCCCAUUAUCUCCUCCUCUUAUAGCUCAAAGUUCUCUUCCCUUUCAUAGUUUCUUUUUCUCACUACAAUCCCAUAGAAAACAAACAUGGUGGUGGCCACUCCAACCCAAAUUCACAUUGAAAAAAUCAGAGAAGUUGAGCUUCCAAUCAUCGACCUCUCGGCAGAGAGAUCAGAGGUGUCAAAGCUCAUUGUAAAAGCUUGUUCAGAGUUUGGUUUCUUCAAGGUGAUCAAUCAUGGUGUUCCUGAAGAUGUCAUUACAAGGAUGGAGGAAGAAAGCUAUGGAUUUUUUGCUAAACCAGGCUGCGAAAAACAGCGGGCCGGGCCAGUUAACCCGUAUGGUUAUGGAAGCAAGAAUAUUGGCUUCAAUGGAGAUGUUGGAGAGGUUGAAUAUCUACUUCUCAGCACCAACUUUGUCUCCAUUUCUCAAAGGUCCAAAACUAUCUCCAAUGACCCAUUAAAAUUCAGCUGUGCAGUGGGGGGUUACAUAGAAGCAGUGAGAGAUUUGGCAUGUGAACUAUUGGAUCUGAUGGCAAAGGGUUUGGGCUUGUGGGUCUCAUCAGACACAUCAUCAUCAUCAUCAUCAUCAUCAGUGUUCAGCCAACUAAUCAGGGACGUUGAUAAUGACUCACUCCUCAGGAUCAAUCACUAUCCACCGCUCAUCCUCACUAAUCUCAAACACACCACCACAGCCACCACCUUAGAUAAGGAAGAGGACACGUCAUCAUCCCCCUUUCAUCACCCACACCAUCACGAUCAUCACAACAACAACAAUAGGAUUGGAUUUGGAGAACACUCAGACCCGCAGAUCUUGACGAUCUUGAGAUCCAACGAUGUGGGUGGACUCCAAAUCUCUCCAGAGAAUGGGGUGUGGGUCCCAGUUUCUCCUGACCCUGCCACAUUCUGUGUAAAUGUGGGUGACGUGUUACAGGCAAUGACAAAUGGAAGGUUUGUGAGUGUGAGACAUAGAGUCAUGACCAACCCAUACAAGUCCAGAAUGUCAAUGGCUUAUUUUGGUGCACCACCACUCCAUGCCACCAUUGCCGCAAUACCGGAGUUGGUCACGCAGUGCAGGCCAUCUCUCUACUGGCCCUUCACUUGGUCUGAAUACAAGAAAUCUGCGUAUUCUCUACGCCUCGGAGAGAGUCGUCUCAAUCUCUUUAGAAUACUGGAAGAUGAUGAAAUUGCCUUACCAGAAGCAAAGUUUUAACACCAAGCUAGCUUCAUAGAUGAACACUACUUUUAAAAAAAAAAAAAUACUCCCUAGACGUGAAUUUUGCUCUAUAAUCUUUCCCAGAGAUUUUUUGAAGAAGGUAAAUCUUUUUUUUAUGAGAAUUGGGUUCUGAUGUUUUCAUAGUGUAAUUUGGUGAAGUUAUCAUAGUGUAAUUUGAUCAUCAAUGCAAAUUUUGUUUUUUUUU